CGCUCACGCGGGCUUCAUGCCGAUUCUGGGCGCUGCUUGCUUUGAACUGUUGCACGGUGUUUGUUGUGCCUGCUCUAACUAAUAAUGAACAAUUUAAGUAUUUGGGAAGUCACUUUUGGAACUGAACUGCAUUUCGCAACGUGUGUUCAAUAGUUUAUAAGGGAACAUUCGAGUUGGAAUAAGAACCGUGGUCUUUCGGCCCUUCUGGAGUAUUGAAUUCAUUAGAUGGACUUCAAAUGAACUGAAGUCAAGCCACAUUUGUCUGUUUCCCUGCUCCAUUCAAAAAAGAUGGCAGACCGCUUUUACAAGUUGGAAGAUGAAGCCUUCCCGAGUUUCCUCUGCAAGUCUCUGGACAGCACCAGUGGCCGUGCCACACUGGGGAAUGUGACAUUGGGUUCAGGCCCAGGGCUUCCAGUGGCUGCUUCGACUGUGGCUAAAAUUAAACCAGGACCUGACAACAGAGCUGACCCUGUUGAGGCGUCAUAUCUGGAGGGCCAAGAGCAGCAGGCCAAGUCCCAGUGCUUUCUUCGGGAACAACCCAUGUUCGCCCUAAGCUUCAAGGAUGACUUGGACAAUGCGGAUGACUUCAUUGCAGCACACCGUCUCUCAGACAUGCUCGUAAAGAUUCAUUUGGAUGAGAGUGCAUCUCAAAACCAAGCCUCCAUGCUGAGGCUGUGUUCUCCACAGAUGGGCUCAGUCCACAGCCGGCCCACAGAGCUUGGAACAGAUCUUUCAACGGGGCUCCUGACGUUUGCCCAUUUUGGGCAAAAAGAAAACACAGAUGCAAAGGCUCAGCCUCUACCUGCUACAGCUGACGAGGACAAUGUGCAGCGUGAGGGAGUGGACAGUGACCAUUUCAGUGGCAGUAACUCCAGCUUCCUGGCAAAUGAGAAGCUCAUGUCCGUGGACAGCAUCAGUAGCGAUAUCACAGAUGAUGACAUAGAUUCCGAAAACCUGCCUGAUGAUGAGCUGGAGCUGUAUUUCAAUAAGCUGGUGCCUCCUGUCAUGCAGCGAGGCCGAGUGGAGGGCCAGGAGAUUCCUGUGACUGGGCGGCCAGGUGCUACUGACAACAAUUCAAACCCAAGUUCUACAGAACCAGAACAGUAUAGACACCAGUUUCUCGAUGACUACAAUCAGGAAGACUUUCAGAUGCCUGAUGUGCGUCUUGCUGCUACAGGUAUGGACUCCUGUCCAGCCAGUGAUGAGGACACUGAGGAUGAGCUGGAGUCUGCCAGAAGGAACAGCAAUGCUACCCGGACACGGCUGCUGCCCAGCACUUCAAGACAACUGGUUGGAGAGAGCAAUCGUCCCAGUUUCAGGCCAGGCUUGGAGGGAGGCAGUUCUGAUGAUGAGGCUUCCAGUGGCCGCGGCGGUCCAUCUCUGUCUGGGAUUGAACAGAGACGAUCGGCUGAGGGACAGGUCAUCAACCCUCCAGUCACGGGUGUCAACUCUUUGGUUUCGUGUCCUCAUGUAAUUGAAGGGGAUGGAGGAGGUGGGGAUGGAAGCAGUGGGAGUGAAGAAAGCGGAAAUGACGGUGGGGUUGCGACCAUCCCUCUCCCGGCGACUGUGGUCCAGACCACCUAUGAUGCCCUGCGUGGGCUGGGGGUUGUGGGGAGUAGUGCUAUUGGUGAGGAAAAUGAUGGCAAGCUGAAUCUGCAAGGACAUAAUAGGAAUAGUCUUUUCAGACAUACCGAGAUGGGGGACCGUGUGGGUCCUGUAGGAAUAGGAGAGGCCAGCUCUUCUUCCGGUGCAUCGAGGGGAACUCAGAGGCUUUCUUCUGUCAACUGGAGCAUGGUCCUAGACAGACAGGAGGCACUGGAUGCCAUGGAGAGCUCACAGGCUAGGCCUGCUGUUGACAGACUGUUGGACUCCGCCUACCUGAGGAGUGGAGCUGGACUCCAGAGACCUCAGGAAUCGGCCAGCCUCACAUUGUCCUACCUUCAAGGCACCCAGGGGAGCUUCCACCUCUCUCAGGUACGGCUUCCUGAACGCCAUGAUGGGGACGAUGAUGAUGAUGAUGAUGGAGUAGAUGAGCCUGAUGGUGCCAGGCAUUCGUUGGGCUUAAGAGGAGGGCCUUGUGGGAAUGUAAGUGUUGCAGAGGCCUCAGACGGUACCAGUGAGGACGACAACACUCCCCUUUCAACCUCCCUGGAACCCAAGUAUUUCUCCCAGAGCAUCCACCAGGACACAGAAGACUCAGAUGAUGGGUGGAAUUAUUGCCCAGACAACCUGGAGCAGGACUUUAAACAAGGUGCACAUGCCACACAGAGUGUGGUUUACCAGAACAAUGAAGGACAAUGGGUGACUGACCUGGCAUAUUACUCCUCCUUUGAGAAAGAGGUUGAUGGGAAGACUUCAGAGAAUGCUGGCCACUUACAGACUGAGGAAUUUCUUCCUCCCAGUGAUGCUUUGGAAAAGAUAGCUAAGGAUCAAGAGAUAUUUGAGAAAGAGCACCAAUUUAUGCAGGAGGAGAAGAUAGAGCCAGCCAGCAGCAACAGCCCCUUUAACAGCGACUCCUCUUGGAAAAUCCCCCCCAACAGUAACAUCCUGAUGAGGGCUUCGCAGGUCUCCACAGAGUAUAAGCAGGGGGACCAGAGCUACCUGCGACUGACUUUGGGGCAGUUUUUUGGACAGCGCUCUGAAGCCCUUGGCUGUCUUGGCAGUGCUGAUGAUUUGGAUUUUGUUAAACGGCCUUCCUUUGGCUACAUCAUUACCUCUCCGGAGAAAAGGGACCCAUUUCCCCUAAUUCAUCCCUCAGAGUUCUCAGCUGGAGGCAACUCUCUAGCUGACACUAUGGAACCCAGUGAAGCAGACAAGACACUCAACCCAGAAGACCUGGACCAAACUCUUGAGGCACCAGGUGAAAGGAUGUCACUGAAAGAUGAAAUUGCACCGUAUGAACAGGAGGAUCAUACUGUAAGAGCUGCACCUGACCACCACGAGGGCUCUGGCUCUGAUUCAAGCUUAGGUAACCAAAGCGGUGCGUCCCCUAACAGUAACAACAGCCAAAUGAUGCUGAGUAUCAGCACAAUUGCUUCAGCCAUUGCUGAUGCGUCCAUCAGCACUGACCCAUCGCAGCUGGCUGCCAUGAUAAUGGCGCUCUCCAAGAGAAGUAGGGCGAUGAAUAGACCUGAGAGAGCAGACCAUGUUGGACCUACAGCCAACUUUACAGAGGAACCCCACUCAGUGGAACAUAUCCUCCCUGAGCCAGAUCAGAGCAGCCUGCUGGACAUACUGCACAGAAGCACCUGUGUUGGAGAGCUGAGUGCCUUUGACAUGGAGAAAUACCUGAAAAUGACUGAAGUGUCAUGCAGCCCUGACGCCUCUGUGGCUCACACCACCUUUGACCUGACCGCCUGGGCUAACAACUUCAGCAGCUCUCAAAGGAACCCUCAGGGGGGGUUUCCUGAGGAACAGGGGAGCUCAGCUCAGCAAGUGGACAGUAAGACUCAACAGAAGCCAACAAUAACAGAAACUGGGGAGAAAGGCCGAGGAGGAGAGACCUCAAUAAACACUAGCUUGUCUACAGAGUCAAAUUCAUUAUCUCCCGGUCAUAAGGGUCACUCAAAAAGAAGCUCUAUCCCUCGUCCCCGUACAUCUUUCAGCUCUGCCAGAAGAUCUGUGGGCUCAGGGCAGACUUCAACUCUCACGACUCUGGCAGACAAAAGGACUUCCUCUGGCAGGAACCUUACAGAAAAUGUCAAGCCAGGAGAAUGGAACCAACAGGCCACCAACAAUAUUAGAUCUUCCUUAGAAACAUCACAAAAUAGUGAAACAGGAUCCUCUUCUACACCUGGAAUGCAACAAAUCCUACCAGGUUCAUCUAAAGGUUCCUCUUCUCCGCCACAGAGGGUGAAGACUGCAGGCCAGCAGCAGCAGCAGCAGCAGCAGCAGGAGGGACAAAGCAAUUUUCCAGCGAAGAAUAUCAUGGCUGCUCCACUACCUGGUAGUUCUGUGGAGAAGCAUGUCGGCUUCUCUGGCCAAAACAACCAGCAUCCACUAGACCCUGCACCUGAGCUGCUGAAGGGUUUUGCUGAGCCUUGCGUGGAGGAGACGCAGUAUAACUUCAGACCGUCCACCUCUCCGCUUACUCACUCCUCUCCAAGUCAGACCUCCAUUCCCAAAGCUGAUGGUAUGGUGUCCCCUGAUUCGUCCUGUGGUUGUCUAGCAGGCAGACAUCCAGGUCUUGACCUCUCUCCUCAGUCAACCUGCUCCAGCCCCAGUCUCAGCAGGCUCACAUACAUCUCAAUGAAUGAUGGCACUGUCAUACCUACACCUGACAGGCAAAAGAAUAACUGUACCAUGGCACUGAGCUCCACCAUCAUCAGGUUCAGUCCAACUCCACCUCUGGAUCAAGAUGAACAGUCUGCCCAAGAUAUUCUUGGCUUGCCUAAAAGCCUGGACCAGGUGCGACCACAGCAUUCUAAAAGUCUGGACCCACUACCAGCACAGCAGAGUAAAAGCCCAGAGCCCUCACGUAGUGCAUCUGGUCUGAGAUGCAUUCGCAGCCAGAGUGAAUGUAACUACCACUUCCCCGGAGACAGACCUGGGGAUCUCUCAGCAGGUUACGGGAACCACAAGCACAUCUCUGAGUCCAAUGUAAGACAGCUCACUAAAGUGGACUCAGGCUAUUGCAGUAAUCUGAACAUUCAGCAAACUAACAGCAGUGCACCUCCAAGCUCUCAGUGGGGAGCUGCUAGCUCAAUGGCAUCGUCAGUGUAUGCGGGUGGCCUUGGAAUGCCAUCAUACACAUCAGGGGGACUUCACUAUGUACCCAUCCCCAGCUUUAAUCCCCAGUGUGCUGGCUUGAUUGACCCUCCCCACCAAGGAGAUAUACAGUCCCUUCUCGCUGGACGCUCACUUUUCAACUCACAGCCGACUCGGCAGUAUUUGGGACCUGAAGUUCCAUUACAUCCUAGUGCCUAUCAUAUGGGAGCAACAGGACAUGGUCUCUUCAGUGUGUCCUCUACAGGCAUACCCAACACUGAACUAACAGGGAGACACGUCCAUCCCACAUCAGUUCCUCUGGGGAUUCCUGGCUCUGCUGGAACACAUCACCUCAAUAGACCCCAUCAUGGCCAGCAGGAUGCGGGAAUGAUGGGAAAACCCUUCAGUCAAUAUGGUGUAGAGCCAAUUGGGACUGGUGGUCUUGAGGAUCUGAGAGGACAAGUGGUGGUGCCAGAAGAACUGCGGUUCCCUCACACCUGCUGUGUAGGCAUCGCUUCACAAACCUCCCUGAGUCUCUUCAACCCCUCGGAGAGAUGGCAGCAAGUAGCAAUUACUGUCACCAGCUUGGCCAUUGAUGGAGAGAAGGUGGAUAGCCUCCCGUUCCAGUGGCUUAUAGUGAAAAACAAGACCAUCAUUGCCCCCAAGAGUACAGAGGAGCAGAAGUUGUUGUUUAUCCCUCCACAGGCUGGUGUCUACCAGUGUGUCUUUAGUGUUUGCUCCUGGCCUGCAUCUGCCGAGACAGAGGUUGCAGCCAGGGCCAACAUCUUUGCUAAAAGAGUUGUUCUGGUUGCUAUAGCAGAGAAUCCUGCGCUAGAGGUUGAAUUAAAUGAAUCAGGCUGUCUGGAUUUUGGAGACCUUUCAGGAGGCAGUGCCAGAUCCCUUCCUCUCAAACUGCUCAACAUGACUCAUGCUACAGUGCCCAUCCGUCUGGUCAUCAGUGCAAACGCUACAGCCUGGAGGUGCUUCACCUUUUCCAGGCACCCUGUUACCAACACAUCUGAGGCGACACAGCAGGCUGGACACAUGGCCGGAGUGUCCUCUCCCUCGGUGAUGAAUCAUGUGAUGCAUGCCAGCUACGAACAGAAUCCACAGGGCUUUAUGGUCUGGGUUCACUUUAAGGCUCCUCAGAAGUACACAGUUACUUCAGGAGAGCUUGGUCCUGCUGAUGAGUACAAUGGUCGUGUGGACAUUGAAGUGGAUUCUCCUGGUCCUAGUCAUGUGAUCAGGAGUGUUCCCCUCAAGGCCAAAUGUGGAACUGCAAGGGUCCAUGCUCCUAAAGACCUGCAGACUGUCAGUCUGUCUGUUCCACUGGGUAAAUCUAGUCAACAGACGCUGCCAUUAAAGAAUGCUGGAAACAUUGACGUGCAGCUGAAACUCAAGUGCAGUGAUGCUGAGGACAUUUUUUCUGUGACACCUGAUGAACUGUCCCUGAGGAUGGGAGAGGAGCAAGGCAUCGUGGUCUCCUUCAAAGCACAGGGCAGCAGGAAAUAUCAAGAAAGCCUUCUCACCAUCUUGGUGCUGCCAUCAGGUCCUCAGUAUGAGGUAACCCUGAAAGGCGAAGUUGUCCCAGAGGACUCAGGGAAAGCUCCCAGUCCCUCUGCUGAUGUCGUUGUUCCCGCUGUGGCCAAUGAUGUUCCACCAAUUCUCUCUAAUAAACAGUUUGUAGCCUGGGGAGGAGUCACUCUGGGACGAGCUGUGCAACAGAAGCUGGUUCUAAGGAACAAUUCGACCGACGCCACACAGCAGCUACGGUUGCUUAUCCGUGGUCAAGACCAGGAUUGUUUUCAGCUGCAGAGUAUGUUCAGUCCUGAAGAGCGCCUGACCCGACACGGAGAGCUGUCCAUUCGUCCCAGAGAAGAUGUGACCGUCCACCUGCUCUUUGCUCCCACCAGAGUGGCCUGCAUGUUGGCCAAACUGGAGAUUAAACAGUCUGGAGUCCGGCCUUCACAGCCAGGGGUCAAAUUCACUAUUCCACUGUCGGGCUACGGUGGGACGUGCAACAUCAUUCUGGAGGACCAGAGAAAACAGGCCGACGGCUAUGUGGCAACAUUGACUGACAUCGCUGUCGGUCAUGUCAGUAAAGUGUGUAUUUGCGUGAGGAACACUGGCUCCAGAGCAGCUUUCAUCAAAGCUGUGGCCUUCUCAGAUGUGCAGACACGAUCAGUUAUGGAACCCUCUGUCAUCAGCAUCGCCCCGUCACAGUUUGUGCUUAAGGAAAGGACACAAGAGGUGAUAACUGUACUAAUAAAGUCCACUCAAAGAGAACAAGCACUAUGUCAGUCGGCCAAUGCAAUGCUGGCUUCCGUCUGCCUGUUUUGUGGAGAUGAGGUUUCCAGGCAGCAGUACAGGAGAUUGCUUCAGAGCAAACCGGAGGCGGUGAAGAAGGCUCUGUCUGAAAACAGUCUGCUGAAAAACAUCAAUUUCUAUGAAACGUUUUUGGGAGAAGAAAACCUUACAGAGGUCUACGACCUGCCUCAGCGGCCCAAUGAAGCUCACAUCUUCUAUGGAAAUAUGAGUAAGGUAGUGGUGUCGUUGGUUGGAAGUACGAACAGUGAGCUGCUGCUGCUGCUGCCCGCUGAUAAACACAGAGCAGAGACAAACAGUGCUUUGACAAAUGGCAAUGUGUCUCUGGACGUGCUGCCAGUGAAAGGUCCCCAAGGUCCAGCACUGAGAGUGGCAGAGACAACCUUAAAGAGUGUCCCUCCACAGGCUUCAGAGCCAUUACACAGGCGGUCUGAGUCCUGGACCCUCCACCCAGAACAACUUGUCCUUGCAGCUCCCACCAUUAAUGGUGCGGCCUCCACUAGUCAGGUUCAGAUCUGGAACAAUACUUCCAGAGAGCUGAGCUUCGAUCUGUCCUGGCCCGCUCACUGCCUCACCAUCACCCCUCAGCAUGGAGUUAUUGAGCCUCAGUGCCACCUACAGAUUUUGAUCAGCCCCAACCCCUCACUAGCAACUAAAUCUACCCUGCUGCCAUGGAGUGGACAGAUUUAUGUCCAGUGCGACAGUCAGCAGAAGUUGAUUAAGGUCCAGAUUCGUGGGGACCUGGCUUUGGAUGUGUCCGCAGCCCCAGCAGACUCCACUCUGUCAGCCCUGCCUGCUCAGGCUGCCACUCCAGUGCUGACUGUGCCCAGACUCACUGUCCAGCCGUCACUACCCCAGCACACCCCACAGGCUCCUCUAGCCCUGCUGGAGAUCAGCAACAAGACCAUCAUGUUCCCCAGCACUCCUUCAGGGGAAACAUCAGAGGCCCAGCUGGAGGUGCAGAAUGGCAAAGUGGAAGUGAGGUGGUACCUGUCAUCAUUUGCUCCUCCAUAUGUCAAGGGGGUUGACAACACAGGAGAUGUUUACCGGGCCACUUACACUGCCUUUAGAUGCUCCGGGGCCUCAGGCACUCUGGGGGCCCAUGAGAAGAUGCAGGUGCCUAUUACUUUUCUGCCCAGGGACAGAGGGGACUAUGCCCAGUUCUGGGACUUGGAGUGCCACCCUGUGUCUGAGCCUCAGCAGAAAACCAGAAUCCGCUUCCAACUCUGUGGCACUGGAGUAAAGUCUGGAACAGUGGCAGGACCACAGGAAGGAGACUGCUCUCUGGUGAAGACGGAGGCUACAGUGAAGAGCAGGAAGAGAGCUGAUGCUUCUGCAGGCAAAACCAGUGAGGAGGAGGCCGUGCGGAGGGGUGUGUAUUCCCAACAGGAUCUCUACACCUUCCCAGUGACACGGGUGGGUGAAUCCAGCACUCUGAAGGUCAACAUCCGCAACAACUCAUCCGACACACAUGAGCUGACAUUUGUAAACCCUAUGGAACCCUUCCACAUCAAGCAUUCCAAAUAUUCUCUGAGAUCACAACACUAUCUGAAGCUACCUGUCCAGUUCAAGCCCAGUACUGCAGGCACAGAGGCUGGUGUGCUGCUCAUCCAGUCAGAAACAAGUGGAAGGCUUGUGAUACAGCUGACCGGUGAGGCAUCGCCUUGAACCUAUGACACUUCCUCAUGCUGGCUGGCUGGCUGGAUUUGGAGGGAUGCCAUCAUCAUAUUUUGAAGUUAGCUAUAUGGCUCCUCUGAUGUGUUUUGGAAUAUUUGCUGAUGAACUGGAGAUGACUGAGCCUCUGCUGCCAACACAGAGCCUUCUGCCUCAGAAUGUGGCACAGGUGUCCUCAGCUCGGUGUCCUCCUCGGCCCAUGAACAAUGAUGAGGUCUGAAGCUGAGUGAUUUGGCCUGACUGGCUCACAAUUAGUCUGCACAACUAUGACAUUUCACAGAGCGAAUGAUGGUUGUCCCUUCAUUGUGGAUCUGGUAUUUGCCUCAUCACCGAGUCAUGUCAUAAGUCAGAUUGUCAGACAGUUAGACAUUACUGGUUGGGAUACGUUAGGCACUACUUGGAGUUGUUUACACAGAAUGUCUUUGUCUCUGAUUUGAUUCUUUCAAUUUGCGAUGUUGCACAGUAUUAAUGUGAAAAAGGCUAAAUUAAUUUCUUGUAACCUUGUGAUAGUAAGACUACUGGGAUUUAUGAAUUCUGCUUUUUCAAAAAUGUCAAAUGUAAGUCUACAUUGCAGAUGGCUUCUCAUCCUGUGGAGGCCACCUGCACAGUGGCCUUCAUCAGCCCCAUGUGUUGACUUCCCAGCAUCUUCCAAGACUCCUUCCAAACAGUCCAGAUGUAUUUAAUUUGGACCUGAUCAGUGACGCUCACAGCAAUUUUCGAAUGGUUAAUGAUUGUUAUUACAUGCUAACAGAGUUUCAUCUGGCGGGGGGUUUUGUUCGGCAGCUUGCCAGGGCUGCUUAGGUUGGUUACCAUGGCAAAACAGUGUUAAUCACAGUUCCAGUCACAAAACAUUACCUCCCAAUUUCCUCUUAUGGCUCUGGGGCAAAUGUUAAAAAUUGCCUGGGAUAUUGGAUACACAUCCAUUGUUGAUUUUGGAGCUCAAAUGGCUAAACAUUUCAUCUUCAUGAGGAUGAGUGGUCAACCUUUGACAUGCCUCGCACUGUCAACCCUAAGGAAGUGAAUAACACUAGAGAUGAGCAUUAUUUUCCUGCUAGUAGACCUUUAAAGUCUUCUUAGUCUUAUUUUCAAAGGCAGCGCUCAACAUCCCCUGACAACAACCCUGAAACAUUUAGAUUUACAAUUUGCACAUGCAUUAAAUAGAAUAUAUUGUAUGUUUACAUUUUGAAUAAAGUUUUGUCUUAAAAAA